AUGAAGAUAAUUAUAUAUAUUUGCAUUUGGGCAGCUGCAUGGGCCAUUCCAGUUCCUGAAAUAAACUCGUUGGAGAGACAUGCUGUUCAAAAAUCUGUGAGCUUACCUUUUGUAGCAAAAUCAAAAGUACCAGUUCAGAAUGGGUUAAUUGUCAAUGACACCGCUAAAGAAAGUGGCGAUUUCCUGCACGAAAGUGAAGUAGGAAGGCAGCAGUAUACCAAAGAUGGUUACAAAGGGGAUGGUGCUGUGUGGGCAGAAGUAGGAGAGAAGAAAUCUGGUACACAUUUCAUUUUAGCAAAUGAGGAGAGGGGUAUUGAGGAUGAAAAUGGGGGCCUAGGAAUCCCAGAAACAUAUGAUCAGGAUGGGACACAUGGAAAAGAAGAUAAUGGCACAGCAAAUGGUAUCAGGGGAGAAGUGAGCACUAUUGACCAUGCUGGAGCUGCAAAUGAGAGCUCUUUUAAUGAUCAGAAUAUAAAAAAUGGGAAUGGUGGAGAUGCAAGCCAGAAUGAGGAUGCUACUGUUGUCCGAGAAAAUGGACCACAAGUAGCCAGAGGUAAUAGUUCAAACCAUGAAGAUGAAAUAAAUGGGAAUGAGGGUGACACAAGUGAAAUAACAUCACAGAGUGAAGGUGAGGGGGAUGGGAAUAAGGAGGCUGAGGUGACACCAGGCAAUGGAGAUGCUGGCCUGGAAAAUUCCGAGGGGAGUCCUAGUGGAAAUGGAGCAGAGGAGGAUGAAGACAAGGGCUCUGGUGAUGACGAAGGUGGAGAAGGAGGGAAUGGAAAAGAGGGCAGUGAUAGCAGCAAGGGUCAGGAAGGUCACUCUCAUGGAGAAAAAGAAGACACAAGAAAAGGUCAAAAUUCAAUGAGUAGUGAAGAUGAUGACUUUGAAGACAAGGAAGAUGCCCAUAAUGACAAUGAUGGUGACAACAGCUCCAUCAGUAAGGAGGGUUCUGAUUGCUCUCCAGAAGGAAAUGGUGGCCAAACAAUACAGGACACCCAUGAACCCAGUCACAGAGAAAGUAAUGGUGUGGAAAACGGAUUCACCAAACAAUUGGAACUAAGUGCUAUUGAAAAAAGCCAGGAUAAGAGAAUAGAAACUGAAGGUCGCAAUAGUGGUGACAGAAGUAAUAUUACCAAAGAAUCUGGGAAAAUCAAUGAAGUUAAGGAGAGCAAAGGACAGCAUGGAGCGAUCCCGGGCAAAGGAAACACCAAAACACAAGGAGAGGUUGACCACACACAAGGGCCUGGCCAGAAGUCAGAACCUGGAAGCAAAGUAGGACCCAGCAAAGCAGGUAGUGGCAGCAAUAGUGAUGGAUACGACAGUUACGAUUUUGAUGAUGAAUCCAUGCAAGGAGAUGACCCCAAUAGCAGUGAUGAGUCUAACGGAAGUGAUGAUGCUAACUCAGAAAGUGACAAUGACAGCAGUGACCGAGGUGAUGACACCCACAGCUCAGAUGAAUCCAAAGAUAGUGGUGACAACAGUGACUCGAAUGGAGGAGAUAACGACAGUGAUAGCACAUCAGAUGCCAAUGGUAGUGACAGUAAUGGCGAUGGUGACAGUGAGAGUCAUGAUGAUGAUGAAUUAGAAAGCAGUGAUGUUAAAUCAGAAAGCAGUGACAAAGAUGACAGCAGUGAUACUGACAGCAAGUCAGGCAGUAGUGACAGCAAUGACAGCAGUGACAGUAGUGACAGCAGUGACAGCAGCAACAGCAGUAGUGACAGCAGUGACAGCAGUAGUGACAGCAGUAGUGACAGCAGUGACAGAGACAGCAGUGACAGCAAUAGUGACAGCAGUGACAGCAGCGACAGCAAUAGUGACAGCAGUGACAGCAGCGACAGCAGUAGUGACAGCAGUGACAGCAGUGACAGCAGUGACAGCAGUGACAGCAAUGACAGCAGUGACAGCAGUGACAGCAGUGAUAGUAGCGACAGCAGUAGUGACAGCAGUGACAGUAGUGACAGCAGUGACAGCAAUGACAGCAGUGACAGCAGCGACAGCAGUGACAGUAGCAAUGGCAGUGAAAGUAGUGACAGCAGUGACAGUAGCAACAGUAGUGACAGUGACAGCAAAUCAGACAGUGAUAGUAGUGACAGUGACAGUAGCAACAGCAGUGACAGUGACAGCAAAUCAGACAGUAGCGACAGCAGCAAUAGCAGUGACAGUAAUGACAACAAAUCAGACAGCAGUGACAGUAGUGACAGUAGUGAUAGCAGUGAUAGCAGUGACAGCAGUGAUAGUGACAGUAGCAAUAGCAGUGAAAGUAGUGACAGCAGUGAUAGCAGUGACAGUAGCAAUAGCAGUGAAAGUAGUGACAGCAGUGACAGUAGUGACAGCAGUGGCAGUAGUGACAGCAGUGAAAGUAGUGAAAGUAGUGACAGUAGUGACAGCAGUGACAGCACUGACAGCAGCGACAGUAGUGAUAGCAAUGAAAAUAGUGACAGUAGUGACAGCAGUGAUGGCAGUGACAGCAGUGACAGUAGUGACAGCAGUGACAGCAGCAGCAGCAGUGACAAUGAUAGCACAUCUGACAGCAGUGAUGAGAGUGACAGCCAGAGCAAGUCUGGCAAUGGCAAAAACAAUGGAAGUGACGGUGACAGUGACAGUGAAGGCAGUGAUAGCAACCACUCAACCAGUGAUGAUUAG